AUGGCUUCAAAGGAAGGACCUUCGGAUGUCCCGAAGCUGGCGCCAGACCUUGAGAUUGUGGGAGACCAGGUCAGAAUUCAGCCUACUGGUUUUACCGCUGGGCUCGAAGAAACAGAUGGCAUUACCGAACGACGGUUGAUGCACCAGAUGGGCAGAUUUCGUGAGAACCCUUUCGAUUUCUUACGAGAAAUCAGCCUCUUCGUGUCAGGUACAGGGUGGCGUGCAUACGAUGGUUUCAUUGGUCAGCCCAUCUUCUACUCAGGUUUCUCGGAGAAGAUGAAGUCGUCGGUAGCGAGUCACUCGUUGCUGGUUGGCAAGAUCGAAGAGCUGGCAGAGCUGCGAGUUAAGGCUGAGGAGACUGGGGGACUACUGAGCGUUACUGCACCAGCAAGUUCCAAUGAUGGGCCCAAUGUUGAUGCUCGGACUAGGAGGAAGGAGGAGAUUGCAGCCAAUCUGCGGGAGGUGGUUGAUACCAUGAUGGAUAAUAUGAUUUGCAAAAUGGAGAGCAAGUCUUUCAUCCGAGGAGCUUAUUAUAUCACCACCCAGUUAUUGACUAGAGCUUACCAUCAAGGAAUCCAUGUUUCCAGCGAGGAGGUCCUGAGGCUUAGGAAAGUCGCUGAAGAGGCAGCUAAGAAGAAACAAUCUAUUGUAUUCUUGCCCUGCCACAAAUCUCAUGUCGAUUAUGCAUCGCUUCAAGUUAUCUGCUAUCGCCUAGGGAUUGCGCUUCCCGUCGUGGUUGCUGGAGACAACUUGAACAUUCCUUUACUCGGGAGCUUCUUGCAGCAUGCAGGUGCUAUGUGGAUUCGGCGGAAGUUCGGAAACGAUCCACUAUACCAUGCUCUUGUCCAAGCAUACAUUGAUACCCUAUUGCGCAACGGUCACAAUUUUGAAUGUUUUGUUGAAGGCGGAAGAUCGCGAACUGGAAAACUACUUCCACCAAAAUACGGAAUCCUUAGAUAUGUUUUGGAUAGUGUUGGUUCUGGUCGAGUGGAGGAUGCGCUUAUAUGUCCCGUCAGCACUCAGUAUGACAAAGUCAUCGAAACUGAGUCGUAUAUCAGCGAACUUCUCGGUCAACCGAAACAGAAGGAAAACCUACGGGACUUUAUAUCCGCUUCCUCCGUUCUUUCCCUGAAGCUAGGCCGCAUUGAUGUUCGAUUCCAUGAGCCCUGGAGCUUAAAGCAGUUCAUAAUCCAGCAAACUACGAAAAUACACCAUAUGCCUACUAAUGAGGGGAAUCUUAUGGCUAAUAUUAGUCAAGAGGAGCGAGCAAAAAUCCUUCGUACUUUCGGCUACCGCGUUCUUUCCCAAAUCAACGACGCCUCGGUCAUCAUGCCUACUGCUCUCGUAGGUACGGUCCUCCUAACCUUAAGAGGCAGAGGUGUUGGCAAAGCCGAACUGUCCCGAAGAGUGGAUUGGCUAUGCGAGCGUGUCAAGGAAAAGGGCGGGCGGGUCGCUCAUUUCUAUAGAGCACCGACGGCACAGGUUGUAGAGCGUGCUCUAGAGGUUUUGGGUCCGAAACUCGUGGGGAAAACGGCUGGUCUCGCGGAAGAGACGUUCCAUGUCGUUGAUCGAUUCCAGCUAUCCUUUUACCGGAACAUGACCAUUCAUCUUUUCAUCCCUGAAGCUUUGGUGUCUGUCGCCCUGUACAGCCGGGUGAAGAAAGGCGGCGAACCAUCUAACCAACAGAUAACGUACGAUGAACUUCUUACUCGUGUAUCCUUCUUAUCACAGCUAUUCCGAGGCGAGUUCAUCUUCCCUCCAGAGGGCCUAACGGCAAACUUAGAGAAGACGCUACAUGGACUGGAACGUGGAAAUGUGCUUAAAGUUACCAAAGACGCAUCGAAUGUUCCACAGACGAUUGAGCUUAGUGAGCACGAGAGAAACUGUGGUCGCGAGAACUAUGACUUCUACUGCUUCUUGCUAUGGCCAUUCAUUGAAGCUUGCUGGCUAGGAACAGUUUCCUUAAUAGGCUUAACACCACCACUUACAGACCCGACGAAUGUCUGGGUUGACAUGAAUAAAGCGCAAAGCAAUGCUCAGUUGCUGGGGAAAACGCUGUACUACCAAGGAGACCUUUCUUAUAUUGAGGCUGUUAACAAGGAGAUAUUAAAGAAUUCAUAUCAGCGGUUUGAAGAAGAAGGCAUCAUUAUCACCGCUAAAAGCAAGGAAUCUCCCCAACCACCAACAAUGCGCGUUUCGCCGCAAUGGACACCCGAAAGGGACUCAGAGACGGGCAAACUGCUUCCUCGGGGAAAGCUAUGGGAAUUUAUCAGCAUGAUUGCGCAAUCCCGCCGUGAAGGGAAAAACCGUCGUGACGGAGAGACCAUUUCUUCCCGUGUGCUCGAGCUCAGCGAGGCUAUGGGCAGAACCCUCUUCCAGGGGGCCAAGCCAGUCAAGCCCGCAUCUGCUGACGGGGGAGUUGAGCUGUCUUCGCAGAUACAACGGCGACGAGCAAUUGACACCGCAUCGAAGCUGUAG